AUCACACGGCUGUUCUUCCCCCGCUCUAAAAAGUUAUCCGGCGGCUCUUUGGAGUCGUUGGAGGGAAGGAAGCGCCGGCGGAAGCUCAGUAGGGCUUUUGGUGGGGAAGAAGAGAUGCGGCGGCUCCGAUGGGUGGCCGACGGGGGGCUAUGGGAGCUGGACCGGGAGGCGCCAGUGACGAUGGAGGGGACGGCGAGGGGCGUCCCCGGCGACCCCCUCCCCCUGGGUCUCUCCCGCGGCCCCCGCAUCUCCCGCCCCAAGCAGCUCGACUUCAUGCACCGCUUCAUGGCCUCCCCCCUCAUCCCCUCCUUCGCCGGCGACCCCUCCAACGGCGGCCGUGGCCUCCUCCUCCACCACGCCCACACCGUCCAUCUACACGAGAACUGGUCUGCAACUGUUCUGGAGCAAUUCCAUAUACAGAAAUUUGUAUCUAUUAUCAAAGAGAGAGCGUCAAAUCAUCUUGAGAAGACCUCAUGGCCUAAGACCAUUGCAAAGCACAUGCUAGAUAUAUUGUCUCUGGGAUUCGGUACAGAAUUCCUAGUGACACCAGAUUCUUCUUUUCUUCUUGAAGCAUAUGAUGUUAAGAAGGAAAAUCGAUGCAAAGCUAUCUUUCAUCACAAGCUUCCAAAACACAAUUUAACAUUGGAGGCAGCUUGGCCUGGACUUUUUGUUGAUAAGAAUGGGACAUACUGGGAUGUACCAUUGUCAUUGGCCAUUGAUCUUGCUUCAAUUACUGCUGCUUCUGGCUUAAGCUAUCAUUUAUGCUUGCAGCAUAACAGAGGACAACCAAAACACUUUGGUGGUGAUAAAAUGAGUGAUAAACCUAUGUCUUUAUUGCCCGGGUUUUGUGCCAAGGCAGCCAUUUCCAUAAAAAAGAAUGUAGACCUAUGGAGAACAAAAGAAGGCAAGUUAAAAAUGGUCCAACCGUAUGACGUACUCCUCUCAGAUCCUCAUAUUUCAGCAUCAGGGAUUAUUGGUGCAGUGACCAGUGCAUCGCUGGGAGAUUGUUCAGUGAGGUUCUCUGUCAAGGAUGAGUCACACAGACGCAAAACCGUCAGUUUCUGUUCCCAGAAAAAUAAAAUUGCACUAUUUGCUGAUCUCUUUGCAUCUUUUUCCUUUACGGCUCAACAUGGAAAUUUUCAAAGGCUUUUUCUUGAUCUCACAAGAAUAAAUGCCCGACUAGAUUUUCCUUCAGGUUCAACAUUCUUAAAUGGCACUGCACGUCUAGCACAAGAUUUUUAUCAUUCUCGGCAACCAGAUUCGGCAGCAAUGUGUGCUAUUUGUCCAGACAUGACAGUUUCUCUUCAGCAACAGAUUGUUGGACCCUUCAGCUUUCGAGUUGACUCCAGAAUUGAAUUCGACCCAAGGGACAAAAGCCAAUUUGUUCGUCUAGGUGAGUCAAUUUAUGCAAUUGACUGGGCUUUGAAGGUUCUCGGUUCAGCUAAGGCAACAGCUUGGUAUUCCCCAAAGCAUCAUGAGGCCAUGGUGGAGCUAAGGUUCUUCGAGACCUGAAGAAUUCUGUAAUAACUUGUCUUUAACAUACAAUUGCUUUCUGAUAGCUUGAAGAGGAAAUCGUACCUGCUUCGCUGCAAUGCUGGGCAUGAGGUUUCAUUGUUGUCUUCUUCCUUCUUUUUUUUUUUCUGUAUUCCUGUAUUUUUCUUUUUGGGUUACUUUUUUCAUUUAAUCAGUUAUGUAGAUAAAUUUGGGAAACAUCAAAUUUACUCUGUGCCAUUUUCAGUUCCAAUUUUACGUCAAGGAUGGAAGUGCAGAGCUGAUUACUAGUCAGAAGACUGAUACAUCUGUUCCUUCUUGUUUGUAUCACCAUUUUUUAUCACGGAAAAAAAUUACAAUCUAGAGAAUUGAGAUA